GAUAACAAAACAAACAACAACUUCCUAUAUAUAGCAGUGGGUGUCGUAGUGACAGGAAACCCUGGCCCUUGAUAUCAAACCAGACUACAGUUUACAGAGACAGCAACGUAAGCACAAGGAAGUUUGCCGGUACGCGGUAAUCUAUACGUUUUUGUGUCAUUUUCGAAGCUGGCAGAGCGACAACCAGAUAUGUUUGACUGUGCGAGCCUGUUUCACUGGAUACUGUUUGUAUCGCUACCAUUCUACCAGCUCGUUGUUGGGGAAGGUACAUACAAUGCGACCAGACUUUCACAGAUACUUGGCACUGUGAACAUCCAAAACAAUGGGCGGGAACUGGAUAUGUCGUCUAAUUGUUCGAGCGAGGCCCGGUGUUGGUGCGGCGAGUCGAAUGACAUACAGGUGGCAGACUGCUCCGGACUCAACCUGACAGCCAUCCCCGACUUCCUGUCUACGGUGGGCAUUGUUGACCUGCGGUACAAUCAGCUUGCCGUAGUGAACAACACAGAUCAGCUGCCACAAAAUCUACUCUACCUCGACCUGUCAAAUAACAGACUCGCCAACUUCACAGGCAAUCCUUUUGAUCAUCUGGCCAAGCUCGCCUACUUGGAUCUCAGCGACAACUACCUAAGCUAUUCACCAUCAAUAUAUACACUAGACCUAUUUUCUUGUUUAACAUCUCUCACGUUUCUUAACAUCAAGGGAAAUAAUGAAAGAAGCGGGUCAGAUCUUCUCCAUUAUCCUGACGCUAUUUCCUCCCUACUCGGUUUGACCACACUUAAAAUGGACGGACUGAAGAACGCGCGUCUCGGCGAUGUGUUGUCACCGCUUAAGAAACUGGCCACACUAGAUUUGUCCGGCAGAAAUGGUCAUUGCUGGAUUGACCAUAUGACGGAAGAUUUUUUUGAAGGAGUUGUAUCCUCUCUCGUUGAUAUUGACCUGUCGACAUGUAAGAUAGUGUACAUAGACAAUGGGACAUUUCGAUCCCUACCGAAUCUCACGGUUCUGAGCCUGUCCGGGAAUAAUCAACUUACAUUUAAUGUUCUCAUAAAUCUAACGUACGAUUUACAAGCCACAAACAUACAUAAACUCUUCCUGAACAAACUGCAUUGUACGUAUGGCGUUGGUACAUUCCUAUUCCAGGAGGAUUUGAUGCUCCUGAAUAACACCCGCCUUGAGGAACUGUACUUGGACUUUAAUAGAAUCGAGUUGGUCGAGGACACAAUGAUGCAGUAUCUUCCGGACUCGCUCAAACUGCUUUCCGUUGCCGGAAACAAGUUCACGUUGGGUAAAUACCUGCUCGCGAUGCACUUUUUGGAUUCUCUUAAAUAUUUAGAUGUCAGUUUACAAUUCAGUCCACACGGGUCUGUUGGGGAAAUGUUGGAGCAGUGUUUCGACUGGAGAUGUCCAAAGGAAACGAAGAAUGAGAGCCAGGAACCCAGAUCAUUGAAGUUUUAUGGUAAAUGGCGGCCUAGUUUAUAUUUGCCUCGAAACUUAGAGGUUAUUGAUGGCCAUAGCAGCUCCUUCCGAGGUGAAAUUGGAGACUUUAAUUUCAUGGAACGGAAUAUAAUAAAGCAGUUUGAUUUACACGACAACCUUUUGCAGUCUUGGAAAGGCCCCAUUCGUAAUUUGCACCGUGUUGAGUACAUCGACCUAUCAUAUAACUCGUGUGGACACGUGACCACUCACUUCUUUGAGGAUUUCCCAAAUAUGACGACCCUUAACGUCAGUCACAAUAAUUUGGGAGAAGUUUUUAAAAACAGUGCUACUAGCGAUAUUUUAAAACAAUUGAAAAGUCUCGAAAAACUUAAUAUGACUCACAACAAGAUAGACCGCCUACCCGAGGGAGUCCUCCGCGAUCUCAGCGCUUUACGACAAAUCGAUCUCAGUUUCAAUCAAUUAACCGACUGGAACGUCAAAAUCGAUCACAUGUAUCAGUUGCAGCUCUUAAAUAUUUCUUACAAUCGUUUGAUUGUUCUUUCAAAAUCCUUUAUGGAUGCUGUAGAUCGCAUGACUAAGAUAACUAACCUUACACUGGACUUGCGGGGAAACCCUCUUCGCUGUGAUUGCAAUAAACUCGAUUUCCUCAAGUGGGUUAGCAGACGAAAAAGCCUUUUCAUCAAUAUUGAAACGUAUGAUUGUAGAAUUACAAACGAAACCCAAAUAUCAUUUGGUGAUUUAGGAAACAUUAUAGCUAGACUCGAGAGGGAUUGUAGUGAUUAUGUUGGUAUCAUAGUGGGCACGCUAGUGGUCAUAGUGAUCUGUGUGUCGGUCGUUAUCGGGGGUGUGGGGUAUAGAUUUCGGUGGAAGCUUCGCUACCUCUACUACAUGGCUAAGAACCGUUACAGAGGUUACGUAGUUGUAAGGGACACGCUAGAUUCUCACUACAAUUACGACGCGUUCAUAUCAUACUCGGAUUCAAAUAGUUCUUUCGUAAUACAUGAUAUUGUGGAGAACCUCGAGACCAACCAUGGUUUACGCCUCUGUCUCCACCAGAGAGAUUUCCUCCCGGGAAACGAGAUCGCCGUAAAUAUCACAAACGCCAUCAGCAACAGUCGCAAAACAGUUGCAAUCAUCACCAACAGUUAUCUCGAUUCUUAUUGGUGCAUGUUCGAGUUCAACAUGGCGCGAAUGGAGAGCGUGUACACGCGUGCCGAAGAGAACGUGCUGUUUCUGAUUCUGUAUGAAAAACUCCCCCGCCGACAGAUUCCAAUGGACGUCCUUGACGUCAUCGAAUCAGACUCAUACAUAGAGUACCCGGAUGAUGAGCAAGGUAAUGUGGUAUUCUGGGAUAAAAUCCGUGAAGCCAUAUCUGGCUAGAAACCGUAAAAUGUGCACUAGAUUGCAGACGUACACAAGAUGUAGUAAAGUGUUUCUAUUCAACAUUAUUUAAGCAUUGAAUUACUUUCAGUUUGCAUUCAUAGGAAAUAUAAAAGCCAACUGGUCAAAGCAAAAUUCAAUGAAGCGUGCUUAUAGAAUCAGGUGAAUAUGUUGUUAUAUGGACCCGAGAAAGCAAAAAUGAUUUAGAUGAUUUUUUACAUUUAAGUUGAUUAACCAAGACGGAACAUAAGACAAUCCACAAGAGAAAACUACUACAUUUUGCACCGAUCAUUGUAACGUUCAAUUGAAGUGUCGUCAUCAAAACAAUAAAGACCCGUCCGUUGAAGAAGUAUUCAUGUGUGAAUUUUCUACAUUAUAGCAAUGUAAGACAUAGCUAGUCGACAGGAUAUACUGCUGAUUACAGACGGACACACGUAUCAACAGGAUAAACUGCUGAUUACAGACGGACACAAGUAUCAACAGGAUAUACUGCUGAUUACAGACCGACACAAGUAUUAACAUGAUAUACUGCUGAUUACAGACGGACACAAGUAUCAACAGUAUGUACUGCUGAUUACAGACGGACACAAGUAUCAACAGUAUAUACUGCUGAUUACAGACGGACACACGUAUCAACAGUAUAUACUGCUGAUUACAGACGGACAGAGGUAUCAACAGGAUAUACUGCUGAUUACAGACGGACACAAGUAUCAACAGGAUAUACUGCUGAUUACAGACGGACACACGUAUCAACAGGAGAAACUGCUGAUUACAGACGGACACAAGUAUCAACAGGAUAUACUGCUGAUUACAGACGGACACCUGUAUCAACAGGAUAUACUGCUGAUUACAGACCGACACAAGUAUCAACAGGAUAUACUGCUGAUUACAGACGGACACAAAUAUCAACAGUAUAUAGUGCUGAUUACAGACGGGCACAAGUAUCAACAGGAUAAACUGCUGAUU